UUGGUACUAGAGGAGAAGAGAGACCUAUCCUCUUACAGCCGCUGCCAGAUAUCUGAUCGCGUUUGCAUGGCGAACGGAAACCUGAUCGGCUAAAGAGUGCCGAAACCAGGAGGAGUGACUUACCAGGAAGCAUUAAAAAAAUGUCUUCUUCCUCAAACGAAGUCAUAGUUGCAAAUGAGAUCAAGAAGGAAAAUGUUAAGGCAGAUAAACGGGAGACCAUCAAGCUGCUAGCGCUGGAUACUGCGGAGUUGUCUAUGGAGCAUGCAACUUCAGCUGCAGAUACGGUCCACACUGAACUUCUCGUGAGCGCUACCUCCUCACUAGCCUUUUCCCCAGAGCAAGUUGCGUGUGUAUGCGAGGCUCUGCAGCAGGGAGGCAAUGUGGAUCGUCUGGCCAGGUUUUUAUGGUCCUUACCACAGAGUGACUUACUACGUGGCAACGAAAGCAUCCUCAAAGCCCAGGCUCUUGUGGCUUUCCACCAGGCUCGGUAUCAGGAGCUAUACAGUAUCCUAGAGAACCACAGCUUCAGCCCGUCAAACCAUUCUUCUCUACAGGACCUAUGGUACAAGGCACGGUACACCGAGGCAGAGAAGGCUCGGGGGAGACCCCUGGGCGCUGUGGAUAAAUACCGUCUGCGGAGGAAAUAUCCCCUUCCCCGGACUAUCUGGGACGGUGAAGAGACUGUGUACUGCUUCAAAGAGAGGUCUCGAAACGCACUGAAGGAUCUUUACAAGCAGAAUAGGUACCCCUCUCCCGCCGAGAAGAGAAACCUGGCUAAAAUCACCGGACUCUCCUUGACUCAAGUCAGCAACUGGUUUAAAAACAGGCGACAGAGGGAUAGGAAUCCUUCUGAAGCGCAGUCCAAGAGCGAAUCCGAUGGCAACCACAGCACAGAAGACGAGUCUAGCAAGGGCCAUGACGACCUCUCCCCGCGCCCCCUGUCCAACUCCUCGGACGGGAUCGCGGCCCACGGGGCCCUCCCCAUCACGGGCACCCUGGACAACAGUGUGGUCAUCCAGCAGAUCGGCGACAUCAAGAUGUCCUCCGCCUCCGGAGGCGGGGUGGUCUUCAACGGGAACCUGGUGACCACCAACCCUCCCACCAUCUUUCACAAUGGCAGCUCCUACAUCCAGGCACCCAGCAACAUCCUCUUCAACGGGCUCAACCUCGGUGCUCAGCCGCUAGCCUUCAACCCCUUACGCGCCUCUUCCGAAGGCCUGCUGGGCGGCUCCAACGAGAACACGUCGCUGCAGGCCGCCCAGGAGAAGGGGCUCAAUGGCCUGGCGGCAAACUCCCCCCUGUCCUACCCCUCCUUUGCCAGCAACGUGAAUGGCUCCGAGGUUAAGCUCGAGGGGGUUCAGACUCUUGCGUCCCAGAGCGGGGGCUCCUCCGUUCUCACCUUCUCCACCUCCACCGGGUCCCUGCAGCUGGGCAACUACAGCCUGGUGCAUGUGCCCAGCUCCGAAAGCAACGGGGUAUCGCUGCUCAACAGCAGCGUGGGCCUCCCCCCACUGCAGCUUCCCCCUGCCUCCUCACACGGUGGCGUGCCGUUGAGCAGCGUGGUGGUGAGCUCGCCGGGCGGCGGCGACUCCUACUCCCUCCAGCAGCAGCCUCAGGACAAGCUGGUCCUGGCCCCCCUGCAGCCCAGCACGGUGCUCUACACCAUGGCCAACGCCCAGCCCAUCGUCAAGCAGGAGCCCAUGGAGGCGGACGGCUACGCCUUCCCCCCGGGCCUGCACCUCGACCAGGGCGGCCAGCUCAGCUACGCGGCCUCCCCCUUGAACUCCGGCGGGGCCCUGCCCGUCAGCCAGGCCUCGGCUAUCUCCGCGGUGAGUUCGGCCAGCGCCGAGCCGGGACACUACACCACGCUCUCCGUCAGCUCCUCCCUGGGGGCCCAGACUGUGCAGACGCACCACCACCACUUGCUCCCGUCAGACUACAGUGACCAUAACGCCCUGGCCCAUCACGCUCACGCGCACUCGUCCGCGCCCAGCCUGAACGGCAACUUUCUGUCCAUCACGGAGGACAAGGCCGGGGCGGCGGGGAUGAGCGAGAUGGUGCGGGUGAUGUGCGGCGAGAUGGAGGCCGAGGAGAAGGAGCUGGCCAAGCUGCAGACCGUGCGAAUGGACGAGGACAUGAGCGACCUUUAACCUCUGCUCUCUCAUCUCUGUCCUUAGCAGCAAAGAGGCUGUUGGGCAUUUGUAAUUUUUUUUUAUUUUGAAUCUUUUUAUUUGAGUCCUUGAAGUGUUAACUUAUUUGCAAGUGUUCCAGUCAGUGAACAAAUCACACCUUGGAUGGUGCACUCUAACCAGUCAGACUAGCUCAACAAACUCCCACAACUGAAAAAAAAAACCUUUUCUGAGAAAGACAAUGGCUAAUUAUAAUAUUUUACAAUAUGGAAUAUUUAGUAGUCGCAUGUAUUUCAAGCAGACUCGAGUGUGCGUAAAGUCCCACUGUGUCGACACUUAGUGCAUCCUCUUUGGUCAGUCUGAUGAACUGGAGCAGGUGUUGAACGGCCUCUGUCGUGUGACCUAGACAUCCUCCGACCAAUCCCGUCACCAGGAUCUGACCACAGAGGCCACCCUGUAAGGAGAUGUAUGCCAUUGAAAAAGUGUACUACAUUAAGCCUGCUAUGGUGAACAGGAAAGACUGCACUGAAGCAGUUACCAUUCUUUGUAUGUAGCAAUGUGAUAAAUAUGCAAAACCCCAACAUCUCAAGGGUUAUACAGGCAGAAUCAGAAUGGCAGCAGUUCAUGUCAUGUCAUGGAUUCUUGCUAUCGAGACAGAAGCUGUUCAAACGAAUUGUAUAAAAAUGAAAUGUGCCUUUCUGCCGACAGAGAAAAUGUCAGAAUCUGUGGAACCCUGUCCCUGACUUGCACUAUAUCUGCCUUUGAGCGGAAGAAUGUAAUAAAACCAGAUGUUGUGAACUAAAAAAAAAAAACAUCCGCAACAGCAGCGCUCUCAAUGCAACCUGUGGUACGUUUCCGCUGUAGAGGGAAAAAAAGUCACUCCAGAAUAUUAUGCAGCUACAGAUAAGAGGAAAGAGUAAGUUAGCGUCUCUCCAUCCCAGCUGUCUGAUGGCAGCUGUGCUGCAUCCUUCACUGCAAUAUGUCCAGUCCGUUGAGUCCCAUCUUUCAUUACAAAGAGUCUGUGUGAAUUAUCAUUAUUAUUAUUAUUAUUAUUAUUAUUAUUAUUAUUAUUACUAUUUUGUACCAAGUCUGAGGCAAGCACAUAUGUAAAUACAUGUUUUUCUUUCGUUAGAGAGGUACUGAGACGAGCGCGAUGAUGCGAUUUUCUUCUUCUCUUCUUUUAUGGGCCAGAGGAGCAGCACAGCCCCGGUCCUCUGUACGUAGGCACAGUGUCUGUUAUCAUGUGUUCUGUCCUGGGAAGGGCCUCUCUUCUUCUGUUGUUCUUUUGCAUGGUGAGUGUAGUCCGUGACAUCAGUAUGUCCUGCGUACAUGUGCCUUCUGUCGUUUUUUGUUGUGUUCUGAAUAACGUACACUUCUGGGUGUGGCUAGUAACCUCUCAGCUGUACUGUUUUGGUGAUGGUGCAUUAUUAGGCAUGUGACACGUCCAACAUGCUUAAUCUUCUCAUACCAAAGAUGAGCUGGGUGCGUACGGUAAUACUAGGACUUUUGAGCUUGAACUGUCUGUUUAUAUUCUGAAAUGAUGUGAACUUAUUUUUCUAAAUCUCCAUACCCCCAUUAAAACUUUAUAUUUAUACAUACAGAAAACAACGGUCCUGUGCUUCAUGUGCUUUUGUCACUCACCGUUUGUAGCAUUUUCUAGAAACAAUUCAGUCCAAGACUCUUAACUUUUUAGUUUUUACUCAUUGUGUUUUUCUUUUUUAAAGAAACCAUUCAUGGCUCAGAGUUUCACUACUGCCGUUAGUGCUUUCAUUUACGUCCAGCAGUUGUGCUUGGAAUCUUUGAUAAGCCACUGAUGGAUAUGAAAUAUCUGCUCAGGAAACUCACUCCUCCUCUGCACUCAGAAGGCUUUAAGACCAGAGCUCCAGGAAGAUAGGUUUAACAUGCGCGCACUGAUCCACCAAGCCAGCGCUGCAAUCUAGAAUUUGCUGUGAUCAUUCGCACAUGCCUGGCAACCUGGAGUUCAUUAGCCCCCAUUCACGUUUCAGCCAGUAAUUCAAAUAAACAGCAAUGAGAUUUCCAGAGGUACUGUACUGGGGGUCUGCCCGUGGGCCUCCCUGCGCCACAAUAAUACUCC